CGUCUAUUCUCACAGCUAAUUUUGUUGAUUUUUGCCUUGAAUUUAGGGUUUUCUCGACAAAUCGACAUGGUUCCCAAAAUAAUCGACAGCCACGUUAAGGAUGAAAGAGAAGACAAGGAAGGAGAUGAUGACAGUGUCGAAGUCGAUGGAGAUAGCGAAGAGAGUUACACAAGUGGUGAUGAGGAGGUCCAUGAAUAUCAAGAAGUUACUGAUGAGCCUGAAUGGGACAAGGAUAGCUUCGAUGGCCGGGAGUAUCAUUCCUCUGAUGAUCAGAGAGAGUAUGAGGACAAGGACUUUGAGAGGAGGGCCCGUUUUUACCGUCGCACAGUCAUCGAAACAAAAGGUUUUUUUGAGGCAACUGACGAAUUCCCACCUUACCUCUGGGCUGGAAUUGCUACAGUCCCUGGUCUGGACGAUGACCUUGAGGAAGGUUUGACCGUUCGUCAGUUUCUAGCAAACAUGACAUCUCUAUGUCUUGAAAAAUAUAACAAACAUAAGGGAUUUAAUGUGAAGUUGGAGCAUGUUUUGAGGGCUAAUUUUGACCCAGGGGGCAGGACAACGUACUACAUCACUUUUGCUGCAAGAGAGUCUGAUUCUCCUGAUGCACCUCUAGUGGAGUAUCAAGCUAAGGUGGUUUGGUCUGCAGGCAAGACUUACCCCAUCCUUUGCAGACCCACUUCUCCACCUAAAAUGGUUGAAGGUGAUGGAGGAGAUCAAUUGAAAGAGGUAGCCAAGGUGAUGGAAGAGAGCAGUUGAAGAAUUUCAUAAGGAUUGUUGUUUAGUCUGCUCUAACGAAUGUAAUAGACUUUAAAAGAUGAUUGUGUAUUACCCGGAUUUAAAACUAUUUAGUUAGUAUCUCCAAUCAACUGUAGAUUGUCUA